AUGAAUGAAAGAAAUACAUCUACUAGAAGUUGUACAUUAAAUCGUAGAGCAGUGGAACGUUCUGAAGUGUAUCAUGUAGUUAUUUUCCCAUGUGAUAAUUCAUUUUCUGUUGUUAAAUCAAAACAAUGUUCACCAGCUGAGCAAGAUGGUUUUGUUUUUGUACAAUCUGGCCAUAAAAAAUAUAUGGCAUUUAUUUUUGAGACAGGCAACUUUGAGAUAUGUAGUAAAGCUGCUGAUCGUCUUGUGCAAAAACAACACGAAGACAUCGAAAGCGAUUACGAACGAAGAAACGAAAAUACACAAUCAAAAGACAUCACUUCAAAUACAUCAGAAAAACCAACAUAUACUACUCUAAAGGAUGUACCGUUCUCUAUUGACGUACCUGUUAAUGUUAUUCACAAUGAUUCACCUCGUCAAACUGUUUCAAAUUUAACAACAACAACCACCACUGCGACCUCUAUUAAUUCGAAUAACUCGUCUUCAUCACCGUCAAUUAGAGAAACAAGUUUAGUUACCAAAAAAAAAUCGUCAACAGUGAAUUCAUCAUCAAAUUUUAAUUGUCAUACAAGACCUACGAUUGACUCAUCACCUUCUCCACCACAAAACAAAAAGAAAAAAAAAUCAAAGAAAAUUCAAGAAGAUAAUAUAUCUUCCUCAGAUAUUGAAUCCGAUAACGAAAAUUUAAUACGAACAAAUGAAAUAAUUAAAACUCCUACAUUCAAUGGUCGACGUAUUACUACUUUAACUACAACAGAUUCUAUAAUCAACGUUCCAAGCAGCGUAGAAUCGUAUCUCAAACAAAUGGAGCAGAAGUAUUUUAUUCCAUUACAGCUUUCUCAUGAACGAAUUGAGAAAAUGAUAAAAACAUUAUACAAUAAUCAAUUGAAGAUCCAAAAGGUAUCUAUUGCACUAGAUGAACCAGGUGCUGAUUCCAAUGAUGAUGUAAAUUUUCCAUCUAGUUUGAUAUUUACAUCCACUGAUGGUAUGUCAAGUACUGAUUUAAUGAAAAUUCCAGCCACUAGAGACAAAGCUAAUCUUUAUGUUACAAAUCUCGUUGAAAUACCUUAUACUAUGGAUGAACUAGUGGCAUUAAAACCAGAAGAAACACAUAACGACUAUCGAUAUCAAUUGAUACGAGAAUCCGUUCGUUGUAAGUUUAAAUUAACAAAUGAUCAAUUAGAUCAAUUAUUUAAUGAUUGGCUUCGUGAAGUUUUUCUUGCAAAACGAAGAGUAGCAGUGAGAAAGCUUAAAAUGUCGAUGAACAAUGAAUAGUAUUCUUCAAUUAAUACUGUUCUUAGAACUCGUUUUUUUUAUGUAUCUGAAAUGAUAUUUGUACUACAAACUGUUUUUUUUCUUAUUGUAUUUAUUGUGAAAUGGUUAAUGACGUUAAAGUCAUUAUUUAUUUUUGUUAUAAUACAUAUAUAUAUAUAUGAUAAAAUAAAUUUGAUGCUGCGAAAGUCAGCAGAUCUCAAUUUCAGAGCUUUUAUAAUAUCAGAUAUUGAUAAAAGUAAGCAUGUAUGGAAACAACAAAACACACUAAAUGUUAUGUCACAUAGUGCGUAAUAUUAAUUGAUGUUGUCGUUAUAUCGCACUAUAACGGCCAUAACGAACUAGAAAAAGGGGUCAGAAUGCGAUCGCUAUAACGACGUUAUAACGGCGCUAUUUUACCGCUAUCGGCGACAUGGG